UUGCGAAGAUUCUUUGAACCAUACACAGCAAAAUAACUAUCUCUACAUAAAUUUGUGGAGUGGUUGGCGUGUAUCGGACGUGAUAUGGCACAACAUGACUUUAUGGGAUGGACAUAUGCAGAUACCAGAGAAAGACAAUGUAGCUUUGGAAUGUUUUACUACAUUGGGAAAUCUAUUAGUGAUAGCAGACAAGCAUCCUAACAUCGAUGAUAUAACUGCAAACAUUACUGAAGUAAAGGCGUGCACCAUAGAUGAAAAUAAAAAGUGUAUAAGGCCCGUGAAAGUCCUCAUAAGAAAAUGCAAUGGAAAUUUAUUGUACAGAUUUCCAUCGUUCAAUAUCACGAAUGUACAAAAUGAAUACAUUUGCUUUGAUAAAAUAUAUUCAGGAACCCCUUGCAAAGACGCCAUAUCAAUAGAGCAUAAUGAAAAUCCGAGUAAAUAUGGCAAUAUCUUGAAAUUCACUCCUAGUGUCGGUUGGACUGAUACAUCUGUCAGAUGGAAACAGUAUGCUUGGCCUUCUCUUGCGGACAAAAACAUUAUAUUUGAUGAAUGUUCAGUGGCAAGAGAAAGUAAUUGGUACAUAUUUUCACAAGAACCUUUACCAAGUGAUAUAGGUGAAGAGGCAAAAAGGAUAGUUGUGUGUUAUGUAUCCAAGUUGUUUGGCUAUUACAAUGUCAUUUAUGAUGGGAAAGGAAAUUGUCAUUAUUAUGCUUAUGUCAGAUCAUGCAAUGGAAAUCUCCAAUACGAUUUAAGUGCAGCUAGCUAUUACUUGCGGGAAGUCUGUUUCAUACACUACAACAAUGUUAAAGUACAUCCGAGAAUCGUUCAUGAAGAAAAUACAAUUGUAGAAGAAGGGAAAGAAAUAGCCAUGUACACAAGUAGUCUGCAAUAUAGAUGUUCCUUUGAUGUCAUGGAAAACACACAGUAUAUAGCAAACUGGUAUAUAAACGGAAGCUUUCGAGUACAGAUGGGACCAUCUUCUGAUCUUGAUGAUUUGGUGUUUAAAGAUAAUUAUCUGACUACUUUGAAACAUGGAUAUGAGGUGAUUUGUGGUAUUUUCCCUGCAGCUGAAAAUGAGUCCACGGAAGCUGUGAGUGAUGCUUACUACGCCGGUUGGAAAAUUCAAAAUGAAAACAUCAUACUAAGUAAAAGUGGAGAUGCUACUGUGACAAUCGAGCAAACUAUUCCGCUAGGAUGUUCUUACAGGGAAGACGAUGCAGCAAACUGUCUGGAAACACUAACGUUUGAAGACAUUGUAAAUAAGGCUGAUGACUGUAGCGGUGGAAUAGAAGUAAAAAGUUUCGAUGAUCCAAGCAAACCGUUUAUAGAAAUUCAGAAAUUGAGAAAAGGUGAGGUGUGGGCAAAAAAAGAAUUUAGAGCAUUGCUUUCAUCUUUAGACAAUAACUAUGACGAUUGGACGGAUUUUGACCUAUUAUUGCUAUUGACAAAUAAUAGCAGUGGUUAUAUCGGAGAGUCUUCGCCACAGGUACAUAUAGUUGGCGCAGUUCAUGUAAGUGCAACCAUUAAUGAUAUUUAG